UGAGUAUUCAUUAGGUGUCACCACGUUAUCUUUACAUUCGAUACAUGAUUGUUUCCUAAUAUAACUAUCAGGAAACUUACUAAGAUAAAACACAACAACAACACUAUCACAGAAUUAAAUUUAAAACUGCUUCUAUAAAUAAUUUGCAGGAAAAUUUAUUUUUUUCUAGUGAUAUUUAAUUAUGUAUUAUCUUACAUUAUAAAUAGGAGAGAUUUGUAUGUCUGAAUAAAUAAACUCAAAAACUAUUGGAUCAAUUUAAUACAUUGAACACCAACCCCAAUGGAUAAAUAUACUUUUAACAAACAAUAAAUACAUAUAAAUCUAAUAGCAAGCAUUCAUGAAAUACCUCCCCCACAAGCAGAUUUCUCUGCCCCGCCUCCAUAUGAUGUGGCAGCUAAUUCGAAAUUACCCACAUAUGAAGAAGUACAAAGGGAGAAACAGAUUGAGGGCGAGAACAUGACCCAGGUACAGGACCCGCCACCCCAUCACCCUACGUACGCAGCGUUUGUUACGCUGCCCGAGCCAACCGCCGAGCAACUCGACCCGGAGAACAGUCUGCUGGGAACAGACAUCAUGUUCCUCACGUCCUUUUUCGUUGCGUUCCUAUUCAACUGGAUCGGCUUUCUUCUACUGAUGUGCUUUUGCCACACGGUGGCGAGCCGUUACGGGGCUUUGGCCGGGUUUGGCCUGUCUCUGGCCAAAUGGACGCUCAUCGUGAAGCAUUCCACUGAACUCGCCUCGCACGAGAACUCGUGGUUGUGGUGGCUCAUCAUGGCGUUCGGUAUCCUAAUCUGCGUUCGCGCAAUUAUACAAUACCUGAACAUUAAGCGCGGGUGGCGUCUUCUAUCGGGCACCGCUCAAGAGAGACUUCUGUUCUUCUACUAACUCGUUCUAUCUCACUCGCACAAGCGGAACAGGGCUUAGUAGAGAGGGAUGGAAAACGUGUACGUUUCUUCGUGUAGAUAAUAGAGCAUAGAGGUAUAAGAAUAGAGUAGGGGAGAUAUGGACUCUACUACAAGUGGAAGUGUC